AUGCCUGUUGGACAGCAAGAAUCUGGUGCUGAGAGCGCCGCGAAGGGUGUCACCUCCACCGUCGGCAACGCCGCAGGUGGUGUGACUCGCACAGUCGGCGGCUUGCUGGGUGCAGCUGGUCGGGGAGUUGGAGACACAAUCAACUCGACCACUGGCACUAAGGCAGUUGGCGAUGGGCUUAAGAGUGUGACUGACGGUAUCGAGGAUGGUGGAAACCAGGUUGGCAAGGGUGUUGAGAAUGCUGGUCAGUGGAAGAAGUAG